AUGGCAACCCCAGACGUCUCCAACCUCACCUCCUCAGCCCAGAUCUUCUCCUCGGCCGCUCACACCCUCCCGCAGAUCCGCGCCAUCCACGGCCAGCUCCGCGCCGAGGCCGACGACCGCGCCGCCCGCCUGCGCGGCCGCGUCGGCGCCUCGUACCGCGACCUGCUUGGCACCGCCGACGCCAUCGUCGCCAUGCGCGCCGACAUGGACGCCGCGCGCGCCGCCCUCGACCGCGCCGGCGCCCGCUGCGGCCGCGCCGCCGUUGCCGCGAAGGUCGGCGCCCUGGCCGGGUUUGUCGUCGUCAACGUCGGGCGGGACGGGGACGCGGACGCGGAGGUGGGCGGCCAGGGCCCCGUCGCGAGGGCGGCGCUGCUGGGGGCGUGUGUGCUGGCGGCGGAGAGGGCGCUCCGGAGGGCGGGGCCUGUGGCGGAGGGCCAGGAUCAGAGCCGGGACGGUUACGCGCGGGGGGACAGGCUUGUGAUCGCGGCGAAGGUGCUUCUGCUUGGGAGGCUGCUGGCCAAGAGCUUUGGCGAGGGCGUCCCCGAUCGGAGACUUGGGGCUGCCGUCGGGGCGGCGAAGAAGAGCAUUGGGAGCCUGGGCAGGAGGCUCGUGCGGAGGAUUAACAGGGUGCUGCAGGGCGCCGGCGAGCACACCAGCAGAGAGGAUGUUCUCAAGGCCUUGGGCGCCUACAGCAUUGCGACCAACUCUGGGGCACGAGACGUGCUGUGGCACUUCCUCCGCAUGAGAGGCGAGGCAAUGGCCCUUACAUUCGACAUUGAGGAGAAUGAGCGAUCACGGAGCCCUAAAGAUGUCCUCAAGUGUCUGGGACUCUACACGAAAACGCUCCUGGAUGUUCAAGCGCUUGUGCCCGCCAAGCUGACGGAGGCGCUCGGGGCGCUCAAGAAGGGUGCUCUGCUUGCCGACGAGUCACUCCGUGCGAUCGAAGGCUUGAGGCUCGACAUCAACGAGCGAUGGUGCGGAGACGAGAUCCGAUACUUCACGCCUUUCAUCCGCCACGAUGAUCUCGACGGAAAGCAGGCAAGAGAAAUGCUGACCCGAUGGGCCAAGGAAGGCAGCAGUGUGCUUCUGCAGGGCCUCGAGCAGACGCUGGCCGACAUGAUGGAGUUCAAGUUGAUCGUCGAGAUGAGGUCGAGCGUCCUCAGACUGUGGAUCUCGGAGGGGGGCAAGGCAAGGGGCUUUGACCCGUCUGUCUUGCUGGACCAGAUCCGAGAGGUUGUCAACAAGCACAUGCUUCGAGUCUUAGAUUCAAAGGUCAGCAAGCUUCGCCUGGUUGGUUCAGAAGUCUCGGCAACUCUGGAGGCUUGGCAGGAGGGCCAGACAGAUAAGCACCAAGGAUUAUGGGACGAGGGUUCCUUCGACAUGGAUCUUUCCAACGGCGCGGCUCAUUUCACCCAGGAGGUUAUCUCCCGGUUUUACGGAAGGAACCUCGCGGUUUCCAAGGCUGUGUCAAGUUAUAAGUCCUGGUAUCAAGUCAUCGACGACGUUGGUCAAGUUGUCGACCAGUUGAGACGCCAGAGAUGGGACAAUGAUGUGGACGAGAUUGAGGACGAAGAAACAAUCGAACACCGCCAACAGAUUCUCAGCAAGGACGAUCCACAAACCCUCCAUGAUUACCUCGAUGCUUCGUUGAUCACGGCCUUCAAGUUGCUAGAUGAGCAGUUGACAGCAUUGUGGGCUGGCCGUAAAGACAGCCCAAACAAGGGUUCGGUGGCUCUGUAUAUCGUGCGGAUCAUCAGAGAUUUACGGAGCAAGCUCCCGGACCUGGACGCAGCGAAGGGGUUCGGUCUGGCUGUUGUUCCCGCUCUCCAGGAGGUUAUAGCCUCCACGGUUGCGGUGUCACCCCUUGACGAGUUCGCUCUGACGGCAUUGGCUCGGAGAGUCGUCGUCGGACGAAGUCUCUGGGAAGGCGAACCAGAAUUGCCAACGUCCCCCUCCCCUGGAGCUUUCAGGUUCCUGCGCGAUAUCUCAAUGUCCAUGUCAGAUGCCGGCAUGGAUCUCUGGAGCCCGGCAGCUGUUGGCGUGUUGAAGCAACAUCUCAGGAAACAGCUGCGCGAGUUGUGGCUCGAAGCCAUGGACAGUCACCUUGCGGAAUCUAAGAAAGAAAAGGGCGAUGCAAAGGCGGACAAGGAAGGUGCGGAGACAGACACGGAGGAGACUGAAGAACCGGACAAGACCGUCACCGAUGGGGCAGAAUUCGUACCGGAGCAGCGGACGGAGCUUUACAUCCAAUGGCUGUUUGAUAUUGCCUACCUUCGGUCCUGCCUUAGCCCGCCAUCAUCCGCGGCGGGAGAUGAGCUCGAAGAACUGGAGGACACUGUUUAUGAGCGAGCCGGGCUGGAGGGCGCCGCGGUACGACAACGAUUGAUCAAGGGCUCACAGGAGUACUGGAAAAGGACUAGUCUAUUGUUUGGCCUGUUGACAUGA